AUGAUCCCUUUGGAGAAUCUAUCGUAUCAGUUGCACUGCUCGAACUCCAACGCCCCACUCAAGAUUCUCUCCGUCCUGGAGGAGGGGGGCGUUGAAAAAGGGGACAACCAGAAGGAGAAAAGAGCAGGGAAAGCGCUAAGCAAAGCCCGUAAGAGCUUUAAUAUCACCACCACGGCAGAUAAGAUGGCGUUGGGGGAAGUAACAAACGCUACGUCUGACGGUGCGAACUCUUUCUCCUUUCUGGAGAUGGAAGGAUCAAAAGUUAUCGUCGUGGAGCCGAUGCCGUUCGGUUCGGAGGUGGCGCUCGUCGUUCGUUUCCGCGGUGUCGUACAGGAGGGGGAUGUGGGAGCGAUCUACAGCCCUUACAGUAGCCGCGGCAGCUCGUUUGAGCAGCCAAUCUCCUGUAGCUUUCCCAUUUUAACACAUUUUGAGGUGGCGCUCGCGCGCUGGGCGUUUCCAUGCCCAGAUCACCCCCAAUACCGAAUCUGUUGGCAGCUCAAAACCCUCCAGCUGCCCUCCAUCUACCACACGGUGGUUGGAAACACCUCUUUGGUGGUGUCUUCGUCUGGCCAAGGGAGCUGCGUGCAAUAUCGUGGCGCCCCGUGUGGUCCAUUGCCCGCGUAUGUGUUUGCUUUUGCGGCCUUUACAGGGGCGCGCGCACUCAAGAGGGUGUCGGGCAGCCUCGAAAUCCUGCGCGUCGGGGUGUUUUUGCAACAACCCCCUUCCAACCUGCAGCUGGAUGGUAACAUGAGUGCGAUGGUGACGUGCGAGGGGGGGGAACGCAAUACCGACAGCCUCGAUCUGCACGUCAUGGCAACCCCGGAAGGAGGUGUGGAAGAGGUCACAUUAAAACGUGUAAUGCACGUCGUGCAGGAGGCGGUGCGCCUUUUACAGCACUUCUUUCACAGCCCCCUGCCGCUCCUACAGUGCGAUGUGGUGACGGUGCUCUUGGCGCCGACCAUGCCCUACUUAUCCGGCAUGGAGCAUCACUGCUGCGUUUUUCUCGAUGAAGCUAUCUUCGCUACUAAGAGAGCUGGGGCUGCGGAGAAGGGCGGCAAAGACAAACACACCGCCGAAAUUGAGCAGGUGGAACUCAUUGUGCAUGAAAUUGUGCAUCAUUGGAUGGGGAAUGCUGUUGGGCUUCCCUUCGCGGUGAAGGAAGGGAUUUGCAUGGUCCUCGAAAGUGUGUUUGCGGACAUCAUUUUAUACGGAAAGCCAAAGCGGCGCGUCAUGGACUUCAGACGGGAAAAGAGGGUGCUUUAG